AUGACGCGCACGGCCGCUGCGCCCGCAGGCCUGGCGCUUCCGGGCUGCGCGCGGGGUCUCGGGCGUGACGCGGGGGAGCGCGGGGGGCGCGCGCCGGGCGGCGAUUCCCAGGCGCGGAUCCGGGAAGGGCUCCUACCGCCACCAUUGUUUCUCCAGAUCCUUGGUCCAGCCAAAAAGCAUCCAAGCUUGAUCUCUCUCUUUGUAUUUAUUGGAGGGGAAAGUACUGGAGCAGUGGGCAGUGUCUUGCUCCUGGCCUUGUUCAAUCCAGAUGUCAAUGAGAAAAAUAACCCAGGACCCUGGAACACACUGGGUCCCCAUGAUCAAUACUACAAGUUUUCCUCGGUGAAUGUACAUUACAGCAAACUGCAGAAAGAAGGGCCAGACCUCUAA